AUGCUAAGAGCAAAAAUUCCAGAGGUGAUCUCUACCCUCUUCCGCUCCUUCAGUUGUCUAUCAAACGACCCCAUUUUUAAAUCCUUCUCAUCGGCCCGACUAUUCCUCGAGAUAAAACUCUACUUUCACGUCCUCAGCACCCUCUACCUUAUCGCCCUCGCCUCCGCCUGGUGCGGCAAACCAAUAAACCGCCGUGAAGGCGACCACAUUAUCGAGCUCGAGGGCAAAGAUCCCUGCAGCGGUAAUUCUGGUGCGAAUAAAUUCUGCCACGGAGGCGUUUGUGCAUUUUGGGAAUUCGGAUUGUUGUAUGGUGAAACGUUGGAGAAGUUCUUUUUCCGCUUUUACGGCGGCGGCAAUUUCAGCUUCCUACAAGCAGUGCAGCCCAAAAAGCCAGCACACCACCACCGCCACGAAACCUUUCAUCAGAACCGCCCGCAGGACGCAAAACUCACAACACGACAAGGACCGCUCACCGACAAUACUAUCGAUAUCAUAGAUAAGCCAUCUGCAUCGCACCCGGAACUAUGGUUCCGGUGUACGUUUGCUGUGCUGUCACCGCGUUGA